GCCGGACUCGCUGUGCUCAACCGGAAGUUGAGGUUUCAGCAUCACGCUCUUAAAGGGGAAGGCCAGAGCGUGGAUAGGGGGCAAUAUUUGGAAGCCCCCCAAACGGAAGUGGGGAGCAAUUGAGGGAAAACUUGCUGUGUUCUCAGGAAGAGGAAGCAGUGCUGAAGGUCUCAGUGGAAACAACUCUUUUGAAUGAUCCAACAUGCUAGUCUCACAGCUGAUGCUUCCGAUUGCACGGGCCGCACGAUGUACAGGACGUUUUGUGUCGAGAUCGGCUGCUUCCCUUCUGGCUCUCCGGCCAGCUAUUUCCGCACAUUACAGCACGCAACCCUCCAGUAAAAAUGGCGCCCACCUCCAGCAGUGGUAUGCGCUGGACCCCGAACUGGAAGAAAUGCUGGUGCCUCGAAAGAUGUCCGUCUCUCCACUGGAAAGCUGGCUGACUGUCCAGUAUGUCCUCCCAAAAGAUGGGGCCUUCGUCAACGUUCACGAGAGGCUCCGUUACGAGCCCGCUCAGCAGUACGACCUCCCGCCUUGUUCCCAGGGUAGCGAGGAGGACGAAGAUACGGGGGAAAGUGGGCCGAACCGGAGCAACAUGGAGUGCAAGAGGAUCCUGAAGAUCCGGAGGAGGAAAAUGAAUCGGCACAAGUACAGGAAGCUGAUGAAGCGGACCAAGUUUUUGCGGAAGAAGAUCAAGGAAGGCAGGCGGAAGAGGAAACAGAAGAGGUUUGAACGCGACCUGGAACGGAUCUGGAAGAGAGCCGGGUUGAAGGAGCCACCAGCGGGAUGGGUCACCCCCAAGAUAUACCUCAAAAAUGUGAAGUCUGAUUGACGUGGUCUUGGACGGAUCUCCGUAGUUGCUCAUUAAAGAAUAUUUAAGCUAAA